AUGCCCAGUCCAAUCAUCAGAGAAGGAGCCUUAGCCUUUCCCUUGCGACGGCUGACAGCGAUGCUGCUGCUCUUGUGCCUGGCUGUGAGCUGUUGCCUGGGCGGCAAGACCACCACCAUACACGUUUACAGCGUGCGACACACAGACACCCUGGAACCGCAGGCGGACGGCUUUUGGGCGAACAAAACCACUUGGAAUGCGCGCUGGGUGAAGUAUUGGCGCACCAAGAAGAUCUACGAGCCAGUGUGGAAGAAGGUCUGGACGCCGACCGUCCACAAUGAGUGGGUGCCGCUGCCGAAUGCUCCCACCGAGUGGGAGUGGGAGCAGGAGAAGGGCCACCAUGCCCGCUGAGAGACUGAA